CCCUGGUGAGGAAUACUGGUUGGUUUUUCUACUUGAUAAUUUUAGAGUUCAAAUAAACACCAGUAAGUUGAUAUUGGAAAUUUCUAACAAGAAAGCUUUAAUUUUCCUCCUCUGUCUGUAGAGAAACGUGUGCAUUCAUGCUGGUGCUGUUUGUGCAGGGGAGAUCAAGCCAUGGCUGGUUUGCUCUUAACACAAACACUUGGCCAUGGAGCCUCCUUUGCCAGUCGCUGCCCACCCCAUGCACUCCAAUGCACUGCUCUAAAUAAGGUGUUUUAUUUCUCCCCUCAGCCUUAAGUCCACAUGGAAACCUUGUAAGUUUCUCUUUUUAGACUUAGUUUCCUUUUUUGAUACUUGUUUUUGUGUGGAAAAUCCCAGUAAAGGUAAUGGUAAAUGUCUUGCCAUUCACAUGACCGUGGAAAAUAAGUGUGCUAAGUAAGGCCUAACUUACACAGUAGCCUUGCAUGAUGUUCAGCUGAUAUCUGAGAGAACAGUUUGUGUUUAGGCUGAUAACCUGACUGUUUUAAUCUUCUCUUUUUAGCAUAUAAGGUGUGUGCUUCAUAAUUGCUUUCUGGUUUUUUAGUGGUAUGAUCUAAUUUCUGCAAGCUAAUUUUGGACUGCUCUGCGCCAUGUUACAAGUACACAAAAGUGUGUUAAUUUUGAGCUCAGCAGGAAAGGAACAGCUUCUUGUUUGCUAAAUGAAAAUGCAGAAAUGCAAGCAGGGAAAAUGUGCAAUAAUUUGUCAAACUUUGAGGACUUCACUUGGCUCCUGGGAAUUUGUAGGUAAUGGACCAGUGGGGAAGAUACGCUGUUCAUAAUACUGGAAUACUCUGGUUUCUGUGUUUCUGUGAAGGUAAGGUGGUGGCAUGUGCAGAUUGUGCACUCAGGUGACUGCCUUGUCAACUUCUGUGACAAAUAGGGCCCUCUUCUGUAGCAAGAGUCAUUUGGAUCAGUAGGGAUGGGGAAAAUAGGGGCUCCAAAAAGCAAAGCAAUUGCUGCAGAAAAAUCUGAAUCUGGAACUUAAGACUUAAAUACUUGUGUCAUAUUUUCAGAGCAUUAAGAACUGACAUUGGAGGUGUUUAUGUAUUCAUUACAUGAUGGGAAACCAUGAAGUAUUCAUCAUCAUAGCAGCUCCAAAAUAUUAAUGAAACUUCUUCUGUGACAAUCAGCUGGAGUGUUCCCCUGUUUAUACACCUCAUCCAUUCACCGUUCUUUGUUGCUGCAAAUGUGAUUUGAAGCAAACCUGGGUUUUCUGUGCUGUGAACUGUCCUGAGCCCCUGAGGCAGGCAGGGACAGAGUGGCAGAGGCUGGCAGGAGGAGGUGGUGCCUGAGGAGUUGGGAUCCGAGGAGGAUGCUGGCAUUGCCUGCCAAAGGCAACUCUCCUGGAACGCUUGGAGACUUUGACAGCAGUUCUGAGACCACCCAUGGCUCCCAGGCCAGCUCUAAUUUUUAUUAUAUCAGUGAAAUUUCUGAGUUGUUUGUGCUUUGAAGAGUUUUAAGGAUUCCUGCUGAUGCUUUUCCUGAGGGAAGCCAUGCCCUACCACAGAGUCCUUCGCCUGGUCCUGCUAACACUGUGCAGCAUCCUGGUGCCUGCUGUGCUGGCAGUAGAGUACCCGCAGGACGCGGUCCCCACCCUCUGGAACGAGCCGCCCGAGUUGCCUUCUGGAGCCGGUCCCUUCGACGCUGCCACCGCCACCGCCCGGCUGUCGGAUGCCACUGCCUUUCCCCCGUACACCUCCGAGCUGGAGCCCGACGACACCACCCACCUGCACCGGCUGGACACCGGGGACGGCUCACUGGGGCCCGGAGCUAUUGGUGCCAUUGUCAUCGCCUCCCUCCUGGGUACGUCUGUGCUUGUGGCCUUGGUCGUCAUCACACUGAGAAAGUUCUCGGCCUCCUGAACUCAAUAAAACAUUUUUCUGUUACACAA